UCCUCCCCUUUCUGGGCGCCCUGGUGCCCGCAUUCACACCUCUGCGCUUGCUGGUCUCGUGCCGGCCACCUGUUCCUGUCCUCGUUUCUUUUUCCGCCUCGCAGCCCAUAUCGACACACUGUCUUGGUUGCUUUUUCUUCUUUCCUGUCCUUUCCAUUUUCUUUAAGCCCUCUAAUAGAACCCCUGGGUUUUUCUUUUUCUCUUUUUUUUCUCUCCUGCAGCUGACGCUGUACCUGGCAUGCCCAGGAGAAUUCCACCCUCGCUAUUACCACUGCCAACGCAACACACCUGCCCGCUUUGAGCCCUCUCCCCCCGCCAAUCCGUGUCAAAUUUAAAAACGUGCACAUCCAAAUACCUGUACGCCAGGAUACCAAGGCGCUAUUGGAUCCCAUCAAGGAGCAAAGCAGAGGCCAUCAACUCUAUGCCCAACACCAUCAUUGAAGAAACAAUACACGUCUCGCUCGCUUAUUACAGCACCAACACUCCUUCAGCUCCUCUCCGCCUCACGCUAGCACCUGGUACCGCACAUCGCCCGCUCAACCAUACACCGCCGCCCUUUGGCCACAGACACAUUCUCCUCGUCUCAUUCCCCGCCAAAACGCUACUAGUACCGUCCGCAUCCCUGCGCUCGCUCUCGACAUAGUACGUACCCGGUGGUGCUUGGUACCGUUGGGGCAGCUGCCAGCCUUUUCUCGUACGGCUCAUCUUGCGCACGACAAAACGUCCUCCUCCUCCUCCUCAUCAUCAUCACCAGUCAAGCUUUCCACCGCUACACCCAACGCCUUUGACUUUCGCGCACCGCAUUGACGCCCCAACCUUGUUGCAGACGCUGACCCCCUAAGUUACCCCACCGCCUACGUUCGGGGUCCGUCGGCUGUGGGCUAAGCAGACCAGGAAAAACUAGCACGGCAGGCCCCUAACUGGCGCUCGCGCUUGAUCGACUCCGCGGUCUUGGUUGGCCUCUGCAGCAUACAGUACGGCCAAGGGCCAAGGGUCUUUUCUGGUUCCUGGUCGCGCAGCUAUGGGACGCAAACCUACACCACAGCCUCUAAAUCUGGCCGAACAGGUCGCGGCAAACAACAACGAUACCUUGCAAACCUCAGCCUCCGCAUCACUUGCCGCUCUCUCGCUAGACACCGGCUCGCAUUUCCCGCAGCGCUCAGCACCACUGCCGACUAGCUCCUCGUUAGUCCGGCCGCACACAGGGACAUCGCCACGCCAGCCCGCAGAUUUUCUUGAUCGCCAAUAUCCACAAACUGCGCUUGAACCGUCUGCCUACUCCUAUCCUCCUCCCCCGCCGCCCUUCGAAUCUUCUCCAAGCCUUCCUCUGAACAAGGCAACCCAAAACCCGACAGGUUUGCGACGCCCCUCUCGCAGCGGCUUCUUCAGCUUUGGCAAAGGGAACAAAGCCGUUUUCCAGGAGUCAACGCCCGCUCCUAUUCCUGUCACAGCGGACCAGCUUAGGUCGAGAGACGGGCCCGAAUCUGACUCUGUAUUGCCACUCGACACUCCAGCAUCCGAACCCGAUUUUCAGCCGCCCAGCCUACCCUUCUCAUCCCGUUCCGAACUAUCGCUGUCAUCGGCCGGUGAACAGGACGCUUCUGGGUUCGCUAUACCAAAGAAACCGAAAACAAAGUCCUUUGGUCGUCUGGGACGUACAAAGUCAACACGCGAUAGGGAGGCCGAGCAGGCUCGACCAUUGCCUACCACUGUUCCAGCUACCCCGAGCAUACCCAUCUCGUACGAGAAUAGUGCUCCCUUGCGAACCGCCCCUAUACAACAGCAGGAUCGCGCAUUUCGGGACAUGAUGAGUUCAGCCUCGCGCAACCGAUCAGAGGACCGGGCGGUGUCUCGAGACGCAAGUAGUACAAAGGAGCGCAUGCAGUCUUCAUCAUACAAAGAAAAUGGUGCAUCAACAUUCUUCAGUGGAUUACGUGAUUCAUCGACAAGGGCUGCCGGAAUGUUUGGGCGUGGACUAUUUGGCAAGAACUCGCGAAGCGGAAGUACCACAGAAAAGGAGUCUGCGAUCGACGAUGAACACUACGAGAUCAAGGUCAUCAAUUUACCACUAGUUGAGCAGACGCGCAAGACGCGUAUUUCAAAACGGCUGGAAAGUUCUAGAGAUAAGACGGAGUUCUGGAUGCCGGCCUUCCCGUGGCGGGCCAUUGAUUAUUUGAACUACAAGGGCACCGACGUCGAAGGUUUAUACCGUGUUCCAGGCAGUGGCCCCCAGAUCAAGAAGUGGCAGCGAAAGUUUGACGAGCUUCACGACGUGAAUCUUUUCGAAGCCGAAGACCUCUACGACAUCAACAUCAUUGGCUCCAUGCUUAAAGCUUGGCUACGAGAACUGCCCGACGAACUUUUCCCUAAAGAUGCCCAAGAGCGAAUUGCAAGAGAGUGCGCCGGUGCAGAAGAAGUUCCGCAAAUGCUUAUCGACGAACUUUCGAACCUUUCACCUUUCAAUUAUUACCUUCUCUUCGCCAUUACUUGCCAUUUAAGUCUUCUGUUGGCUCAUUCGGAAAAGAACAAAAUGGACUUCCGUAACCUUUGCAUUUGUUUCCAACCCUGCAUGAAGAUUGACGCAUUCUGUUUCAAGUUUCUGGUUUGUGACUGGAGGAACUGCUGGAAAGGGUGCAAGAACGAAGCACAGUAUAUUGAAGAAGAAUAUAAGCUCUUCGACCAACCGCCGCCUCGAGGUCUUGCCGACGCACGAGAAGCACCAAGCGUUGACGGAUCUGCCAGUGCCGGGCACGAGACAUCAUCACAAAGAAGCGUAUCAGCUCAGCGAGUUCCGCAGAAUGCCAAGCCCGACGAAGUCGCCGCAUCGGCUGGAAUGAGUAUGGACAAUCACAAAAACCAGUCCAAUAACGAACGAGCUGGAACUCCCCCAGAGCUGCGACCGCUGUCGCCCAUUAAGCCACUGUCCCCUCUAGGCUUUUGAGACACUCCAAACAAACCCUCAUACCCACGAUUAUGACUCGACCCUACGCCCCCUUCUUCUCAAACAUUACUGUAGUGGCGUGGCGCCUACCUUGCAUUGACAACGCCUCCACUGCAUCAUUUUUACCCUUAUUUCUACGGAUCCAAAGCAACAAUGCUGUUUGGUAUACCCCCUCUUCCGUUUGAUUUUAUUGUUUUACCCUCCUGUUCCCUUUGUUAGUCACCUUGCAGUCUAAUACUGUCAAGUUGAUAUACUAUGCUGUUUCUUGUGCGCCUCUCAAGACUGUCGCAGGGAAGUCAACACUUCGCCAAUCUGGUACGAAUUAGACAGACAGCAAUGACUUCUGAGAUGGUGCCAGUGAGUAUGUCAGGUUUACCGGGCGAUUGAUAGGAUAUAGAUCAGCGCAGACUCGGUGAUGUUUGCACAUCCUUCAGUAUAUAGAACGCUAUUGUUGCUCUCGCGGCACGAUGACAGAGUCGUCGUGGCCAGACGGCUUAUUAUAAGCAAAAUAUGAUGAUUAAAAGUUUUACUAGCAUCACGUUUGCGCUGCAACCAGCACUGCGGGUAUGGAUUACUAGGAGAUUGUUUGAGAACCCUUUUUGUAUUCAAGUAAAUAAUCCCAGACUAUUUUUAUAAAAACGCCGUAGCCCUUAACGCCAAUGCCACGAUAUACCGUGCACGAUACUGCAGUCCAUAUACAAGCAAACAAACUUUUCUUUCAGCCCUUGCCCACCAAUUACUUGCGAGACUCUGCAGCAUCGCGCUGGUUCUUGCGCAUCUUGCGCUCGUUGCGCUUGAUCUUCUCCUUGCGUUCUCUGCGGCCGUCUCCACGAAUGCUGGUUCCCUCCUUGCGUGUUCUCUCGGCCUCCAUGUCGACCUCCAUGAUGGGAGCAUCCUCACCCUUCUUGUUGAGGCCCUUGUAUCCCCACUUGCGUGUCCAUUCUCCAGUGGUCUCGUCGUAGGCAAGGUUGCGGCGAGCCUCUCUUGUCUUGGCCUUGAUACCCUUCUUGGCAGCGAAGCGCUCCCACUUGGUAGGAGGCUUGACCUGAGGAAUAGGCUUCUCGCGGGGGAGGCGAGUUGUAGGCUGGGGCAGCGUCAGCAGGACGCCGUCGGUUGUGGAAGUAAGGGCGCAGGUUGUGAGAAGCUGGUUGAUCAGAACUUGGGCACCAUCGCGGGCAACUUCGGCAAGAGACUGCUCGAGAUCGGACUUGUCGAGACUAAUGCUGUUGGGGUCCUCAGCCAUAAGGUGGCCGAGAUCGAAGGUGUAGGCUGUAGGCUUUUCAACAGCCACAGGCAGCUUGGGGGUGGUGGGGAGAGACAUUCUGGGCAGUAAUAUCCAGUCUAUAUUUAAAUGUCUGCUGGAAAGAGUUCGUAUGGUAUAUUUUAGUCCGUUGUUGGCAAGCAAUGGAGAAUGUCUGCCUUUGUGCUUGGUUAUAACAGAGAUGGCUAGUCGCUCUAAACUUUUUUUCCG